CAGACUCUUCAUGCCAUCAAGGGGCCAGUCGGGGGGCAGGUGUGAGUGUGACCCUGAGGGCCCUGACCUGCCACUGCAAACCUCACACUCCUGCCUGGGUGGGGCAGGGAGGAGCUGGACCCUAGCUUUGGGAGUCUGGUGGGUAAUUAGACCCAGACAGGGAGGGCUCAGUGUGGGUCUGAGGAGGGAACACACGUGUGCAGGCGUGUGCGCCACUGUGGCAUGUUGAUACUGACCAGCCUGGGCACCAGGCCCCCUCGGGAGCCAGCUUUGCUGUUCUGAGUGGAAGGGAGGUCAGGUUUCCCUGAGAAACCUCAAAAUAGCCCCCAACUGUGCCCGGCUUCCAGCGGGCAGCCCAGCCCCCAGGCCCUGUCUUGCUCCCUUUCCCCCUUCACCCCCAGCCCUUGUCCUGCUGUCUCCUCCCUGAAUGGUGGACCCUCAGCCCCUCCUGUACAAGGUGGUCAAGGGGUGCCUCAUGCAUUUGUUCAUUCGACCUGUCCUGAGAGUUUGUGACAUGCUGGCACAGGGCCAAUGUUGAGUCCACCAGAAUGGGAGGGUGGCCAGGCUCUGAGCCACUGGGCACCAGCUGGCCAGGAUGGGUCUUCAACAAGAAAUCUCACUGCAGCCCUGGUGCCACCACCCUGCAGAAUCCUGUCUGACAACCACCGACAUGACAGAGCGCCUGUCGGCCGAGCAGAUCAAGGAGUACAAGGGAGUCUUUGAGAUGUUCGACGAAGAGGGCAACGGGGAGGUGAAGACGGGGGAACUGGAGCGGCUCAUGAGCCUGCUGGGCAUCAAUCCCACCAAGAGUGAGCUGGCCUCGAUGGCCAAGGACGUGGACAGAGACAACAAAGGGUUCUUCAACUGCGAUGGUUUCCUGGCACUAAUGGGAGUUUACCAUGAGAAGGCCCAGAACCAGGAGAGCGAGCUGAGGGCGGCAUUCCGCGUCUUCGACAAAGAGGGCAAGGGCUACAUUGACUGGAACACACUCAAGUACGUGCUCAUGAACGCAGGGGAGCCCCUCAACGAGGUGGAGGCAGAGCAGAUGAUGAAGGAGGCUGACAAGGACGGGGACGGGACCAUCGACUAUGAGGAGUUUGUGGCCAUGAUGACCGGGGAGUCCUUCAAGCUGAUCCAGUAGGUGCAGCUGCCGCAGCCGGGGAAGGCCUGCCUGGGAAGGCCGCUGCCCCUGCCCCUGGCCCCCCACUCCCCCGGCUCUGUGUAAAAUAAAUGUUCCAGCC